AUGUACAACCCAGUAGAUUCAUCCGGCAUGCCCCUUCGAAUAGCCGACUCAGCACCACGCUUUGCAGGCGAUUAUACUCAGCUCGUCAACUUCCUGGAGUCAGUAGAACGACUCGCGCAACCGCUUGGUUUAACGGACAAGGAGAUCAUCAAGUAUGCACUGAAGUAUACAGCACCUAAACAAAGGCAGCUUCUCUCAUACUACGAAGAAUGUGGCGUUGACCACUAUACAUGCCCUAUCUUCGAAAAACCAGCCGCCAUCGAAGUGCCCCUUGCAAGCGCACCUCCACAACCAGAACGCGCUCAAGAGCAACCAGAACCAGAAGUCAUCGCACCAAUACCUAAAGUAUGCGACGCCGCCCCCAUCCCAGUAGUCCAAGAAUUGCCCCUCGACAUCAUCGCCCCGCCCUCAGUCCAAAUCGAAGUGCGCAUCAUAAACGCACCUCAAGAGCCCGCAUCCGCACCUGAGUAUCCACCAGCCGAAGAUAUUCUACCCCAGCUCGAAGUAUGCGAGCCUAUCACUGUCCCAAUCCUCCUAGAAGCGCCUCUGGAGGAGAUUAUACUGCCGAUAGUCAGGGAUGACUUUAAACAUCUAUCCGCAGUCAGGGAUGACUCUAAACAUCUAUUGCACAUUAGCGCGCCUAUUCCGGAGCCUUCUGAAGCACCAGAGGCUAAUAACACGCCGCUAUCCAACCAGGUUAUGUCCCUGGAAACUCUGUCUGUCGCUGACACAUCUGCGCUCAUCACGCUUUCUGCGUGCAGUGACCAUUAUCAUCCGCAGGUGCAAUAUCCGUGCACCAUACCACCGCCCGUCAGUGAUGACUUUAAACAUCUAUCAUCAGUCAGGGAUGACUCUAAACAUCCAUCACAUCCUAAUGCGCCCAAUCUGGAGUCUUCUGCAGUACCAGAGGCUCAAAACACGCUACCUUCCGACCAGAGUAUAUCUCUGGUAACCCCAUCGGUCACUGAUCAUUCCGCACAUUUCGCGCUUUCCGCUUACAGUGAUUACCGUCUGCCGGUGAAACAUCCGUGCAUCACAUCGCCCAUCCACCAAUUAGAUCAUGUCUCGCGAAAUGACUCUGAUGCGCCUCCAGCGCGCCGCCAUACGCCUAAGGUCGCGCAGCUCUCAAGGAGCCAGACGCUGUUUGCCACUAUUUCACCUUCAUCUCCGCAUCAGUUUAUUGUUAAUUCGUCAUUCAUGCGCCGCAUUCCCGCACCACGCGCUUUAUUUCCCGUGCUAUAUGCGCCUAUCAUUGCAAAAGAGGUUUCCUGCUAUCGCGUUUUCACCAUUUCAUCAGUUUUGAACCUGUACCAGCUGCUCCUCACAUAUUUAGAGGAUAUAGAUUCCAACGCACUCAAACGCGAGUGUGCGCGGAGCUCAAGCGCACAUUAUCUCACCAUAGAGCACCCCCAUGCGCCUUACAUCGCCCCAUUAGGGCGCGCCUUCAACUUGUACCGCAAGGUGCAAGAAUUCAUUCUGCCGGUUACUAGUCCGCCAUCCAGCCGUGUUUGA